ACCCAACCACUGCAUCGCUAUCAAUAUAUACUCCUUUGUGACCUAAAACCAAAACCACAACGGCUCCUAUCAUUACCAUCUUAGACACGUCACAAUUCUAAAAUAUCACGCUGACCAAGUCACUAUAACUGUUAAUGGCAACGUUAUAGCCGUUACGUUCCAUAUAUAUACCCAUACCCUAUUGCAUAACUCCGAUUAUUAACACCACCGAAAGCGCCGCAACCGAAUGGAGCUCGAUUCCUCUUCCAUCGGCGAAGAGACCACCACAACCACGCGCCGCUCCUCCUGCUUCCCUUGCUGCUUCACCUACCACUGCUCCACCACCGACGACUUACCAUGGUGGGAGCGCGUGCGAAACACUUCUCUCUCCCGUGGAUUCAUGAAGAUCCGCGAGUGGUCCGAGAUCGUAGCCGGACCGCGCUGGAAGACGUUUAUUCGGCGGUUCAACCGGAACAAGACCGGAGCUGGAGGUUACCGUCAGGCCGGGAAAUACCAGUACGAUCCUUUGAGCUACGCGUUGAACUUCGAUGAAGGACAUAACGGGGAUUUAGAAGAUGAAUGUCCUGAUGAGUUUCCGAAAUUUUCCGAUCGUUAUGCAACGGCGCCACUUUACAAGCCUGGUUCCACGGAUUCGGAACAGAACGUCGUCGUUUCGAGCAGAAAUGAAGAACAAUUGCAAGUAUAGAAAUUAGGGUACGAAUUCGUUGAUUACAAGAGGCGUGAAAGCAUGACUUCAUUUUUUAAUUUUUUUAAUUCAAGAAUUGAGUAUAGUUUUAUUUUUUUCACAUGUAUAUCUUUAAUAGAGAAUAUUUUUUGUGUUCGGUUUGGGUUUCCAGAAUGUAAUUUUCAGCUUGUUUAUUUUCAUUUAUGUGAAUACCAUAUAAAAUUUCAUAAAUCAUAAUCACUAUCAUACUUAUGGAAUGUGGCGUGUACGUCACAGUGUAUUGACUCUUGAUAACCACUAGGAGAUACUGUAUGUUAUUCUGUUUUUCUUUAUUACAUCAUCAACCAAAUUUAUUGGGCUUUUUUUC